AUGGGCACACUCUGGGUGUCUUGCGACAUGUGCUACCGUGACCAGGAGCUAUGGUGGACGAGGAAACGGCUAGUGUUGAACAUCUUCGUCGAGCCGUACUGUCCAGAGCAGGUGGCACGUCAGUUUGGGUGCAUGCAGGUCUUCCCCCUUCCCCGACUUCAGCUUGACAGGUCGCACAGGAUUUCAAGAAAAGGUCAAGGUAUAGAGUUCGAGCAGUCGUGGGUUGAUAGGGUGAUGCCUUGGGUCAACGCCUGGGAAGAGAAGGCUGCCGACGUGCACGACCUAGGUGGGCCGUUCGAUGAGGGCACCUACUGCGAGUACUUGCAUUGGUUUCACGGAGCCACAUGUGUUUGUUGCUUCCCCGUGCCGUCCUAUCGUUACUUUGGCAAUGAGUCACAACAAUUCAUGCAACAAUACAUGCCUGCCUUGCAGACAGAUAUCUGCAGCAACAUGGGCAACAAGCUGCUUUCAUAUGCGCAACGGUUCGAGCUGAACCCCCCAACAGUUGGUGGACGUGCUUCUUGCAGUCACUACACGACGGGUACUAGCAGCUUCAGGACCUUUUACACCGAUGACACUCCUCCUUGGGGCCCCGAUGAGGCUAGGCCCUCAUAG